AUGGUGCUUUCUACUCUCUUGUCAUUUCUUGAAAGCAAACGGACAACAAUUCUAGUUACGUUGACUUCCCUGGCAACGGUGGCGGGACAGCAAGCAUUUUCAUUCUUUGCGUUCAAAUGUCCGUGCAAACCAACGAUGAAUCUAUAUUAUGGCGUGGCUUUUAGUACGGUUCCUGCCCUGGUGUUGCUGAUAAUCGGAUUUUCCAUUAACAGUCUGACCUGGAAACUAAUAAUGAGUUUAAGAAAAGGCUCAAGUUUAUUACACAAAAAUUGCAAGUUAAUCUGUUACGUCCUUGUCAGCAUAAUUUUAACAUCCCUGGUUGCCCCAGUAACCUGGAUAGCUGUUACUCUUCUGAACGGCCUGUAUUACAACUGUGCCAUGAGUGAGUUCUUACCAGUUGACAGCUGGAAUGUUUUUGAGAAUAUGAGUCUUCAUAAUCGGAAGAUCAUUCUUGCUCGCUUUCCCUGUCCAAAGGUGAAAAUUACAGGGAUAAAGAACAUCAACGAUCUAAGAACUGAAGGCAAUAAUAUUCUUCUGUUUCAGUCACAGGUGGCCGGUUGGAUUUUGAUAGCCUGCGUGACCAUUGCUGCUUUCCUGACCAUCUGCAUUCCAAGGUUCUGCUCUCCGCUCAGUUUCCUGCACUUAAGCUACUGGGCUCAGUACAUAGAAAAUGAAAACACUCUCUUUCAAGAGACAUCCAAAAAGCAUUCCCGACUAUUUGCGUUGAAGCACAUCAAGAAAUUCUUUGGCUUUACAUCAAAAGAGAAAGAAAUAAAGAAAAUCUGCUUGCCUGCCAGGAAAGACUGGUCAAUGGUCUCCGGCAUAGAUAUGUUUACUAAAGUGGAGGAUGAAUUCUGUCAGUACAGCCUCCUGCAUACUUGGGCUGAUGAAUCAACUCCAAGUGGCCAAUAUAUUUCAGUUGACGAUGUGGUGGCAUAA